AUGGGCAAAUGGCGUUAUGGUGUCGUCCUGGACGCAGGCUCCUCUGGGACUCGCGUACACGUUUACCGAUGGCUACGAAACGCUGCUGCACGAAAACAAGCCCACGCGAAGGAGUUGAAAUCGCUACCGGAAAUUAAAACUAAGGAGGAGUGGACGAAGAAGAUUCACCCUGACCACGCCAAGGGAAUCAUUCCUGUCGAGGAUGCCAAGGAUACUCCCAUAUUUCUCCUCGCCACUGCGGGCAUGCGACUGCUAGGAAACCUCGAACGACAACUGCUUCUGGAUCAGAUCUGUUCAUAUGCUCGUGACAACUCGAAUUUCUUGCUUCCGGAUUGUGGCGUUCACAUCCAGGUGAUUCCGGGAGUGACCGAGGGACUAUACGGAUGGAUUGCGACAAACUACUUGAUGGGAUCUUUUGUUGCCCCAGAAAAACACGACCACGGAAAGGGACACAACACCUAUGGAUUCCUCGAUAUGGGUGGCGCAUCGGCCCAAAUUGCGUUCGCUCCGAAUGUUACGGAGACAGAGAAGCACGCCGAAGACCUCAAAUUGUUGCGAUUACGGAACAUUGACGGAUCGGUUCAAGAGCACAGGGUUUUUGUCACUUCAUGGUUGGAGUUCGGCGUGCACGAAGCCCGACGACGCUAUUUGGAUGCUUUACAGGCGGCUACUGGGCCAGAUAUCAAAGAGUUGCCUGACCCUUGCCUUCCUAGUGGAUUGCGGACUACGCUCGACGGCAUAGUGGCAUCGGCAAGCGAGACGGAACCCUAUCUACUAGGUACAGGAAAAUUUGAUGAAUGCCUCCGCCAGACAUUCCCAUUACUAGAUAAGGAUGCUCCGUGUGCGGAUGAACCGUGUCUGCUAAAUGGUAUCCACGUACCAGCUAUCGACUUCGAUGUUAACCAUUUUAUUGGGAUCAGCGAGUACUGGCACACGACCCACGAGAUUUUCGAAAUGGGAUAUAAGGACAAAGCAUACGACUUCAACACCUAUCAAGAACGGGUCCAAACAUUCUGCUCGCAAGACUGGGACUCAAUUGAGUACGGCCUCGAACAGCACAAAUGGGGAAAGAAGGUUGAUCAUCAAAAGGCCCACGAAGUAUGUUUCAAGGCAUCAUGGAUCAUCAAUAUGCUACACGAUGGCAUUGGGGUCCCUCGCGUGGGCUUGGAGGACACAACUGGCUCUUCGCACAACGGCACAAAAGAAGUCUUGGCUCACGGAAAAGAAAAAGGCUAUCUUGAUGCUUUCCAGGCGGUCAACAAGAUUGACUCAACUGAAGUGAGUUGGACCUUGGGUAAGAUCGUCUUGUACGCAUCUUCUCAGGUGCCACUCGAGAUCGAAGAAGGCCUCCCAGUAGGCUUUGGCAGCAAUGUUCCUGGGAUCCCGGCCGACUUCCAGUAUCCCAGUGUUCAACUACUACCAGAUUCAGACAGCUUCCACAGUGAGCACUGGCAUGAUACACUAUUCGACGGUGAUUCACCGCGCCGGAUCCCAGGCUUCGUCCUCUUCAUGCUCAUUGUUAUCUUGGCCGGCUUUUUCUUGUGCAGACGCAGCCGUCGAUCGCGGAUCUUCAACCGCGUGAGUAACAUGUUACGCCGUGGUGGGCCGUCACACCCCAAUCACCCGAAGAAACGAAAGGGACUCAAGUCGAUGUUGCCAUUCAUCAGUCGAAGCGCCCCCUCUUAUGAGCGAGUUCUCGAGGAUGGUGCUCCAGAUUACGAGCUUGGUGCCAUCGAGUCCGACGGGGGCGAGGAUGGUGGACGCGCUUCCGAGGCAGAGUCGGCUAGACUGGAACCACCGAAGCGAGCGUCGAGCUGGGGCAGCAACAGCAACACUCCCAGUUUCAAAUACGCGUUGGAUAACAGUUCGACUGGGACGAUUGGUCUUGGGAUCAGCGGUGGUGGUGGCGGCUCGGGCAUCGCUAUAGAUCGAGCAGGCUUGGUAGUCAGGACGGAGAGCAGGGACCACCUGGCUCCCAUUGCUCUAGGCCCUACAACCAACGGCCGUCGAUCAAGAGCUGGCAGCCCCACUAGAUCUCACCAGAAAUCACCCAGCAUGACGCCCCUGGCCGAUGACUAA